CGGGCUCAGCGAGACUGACCGAUGACAGCGGACCUGGAGCGUUACCAAGGAAACGGCGUACAGGACUGAGAGACGGCGGACGGCAGCAGCAGCAGCUAACAUGCUAACAGGCUAACAGGAUGUUUAGCGAACCGUUGAUUCACCGGCGUCUGUUAAAUAUUUAAAAUCCUCUCCCCCGGUUAACAGUAGACGUUUUGCGCCGGUGUUUGAUUCCCGGUGCGCGGUCGCCGCCUCGGCGUCGCUCGGCAGCGGCGACGUCCAGCGCCGACGGGGCUAACUAGUUAGCAUGUUAGCCUGCUAACCCAGUCACCGACGGACCGACGCGUCAACACUAACAUUACUACGCGGGUUUAAAGCGCUCAUGUGCCCGGUCAGCGGGGAGCCGGCACCGGGAGGAGGAGGAGGGGGAGGGACUGCGGCCGGGCAUGGGAGCGAGUUAACGGCCGCACCGGGACGGUCUGACCCGCGGGUCUGACGCUCUUCUGGGCGGAGACUGUCGAGUCGAGUCGAGUGCAGCCGAGCGGUGUUUUGCUCUGAAGCGGCGGCGGCGCGGCGCUCGCAGGCCGGGGCGCGGCAGAGCUGCACGCCGCCCGUCAGGCCCGGGCUGUGGGAUGAAGUGCAGCGGAGUGGAGGGCCCGUUAACCCGCGCUAAGCAGGAUGGACGUGUGCAGUAGGAACCCGAACCGCACGGCGCCGGUCGGCGAGGGCGACAAGGACCGAGACGACGUGCCGCUCUGCUCGCGGACCAACGGCUGGAGCUGGCCGCCGCAUCCCUUCCAGCUGCUGGCCUGGCUGCUCUACGUCUACUUUGCCGUCACCAGCUUCGGCGUGUUCAUCCCCCUGCUGCCGGCACACUGGAUCCCCGCAGGCUACAUCUGCACGGGCGUCAUGUUCGUCUGCCACAUGUGCGUCCACGUGAUGGCCGUGUCCAUCGACCCGGCCGACCACAACGUCCGGACAAAGAGCAACAAAGGUCCGGUGCCCGUGUUCGACCGCUCCAAACACGCACACGUCAUCGAGAACUGCCACUGCUACCUCUGCCAGGUGGAUGUGGGACCUAAAUCUAAACACUGCAGUUCGUGUAAUAAAUGCGUCUCUGAUUUCGACCAUCACUGUCGUUGGCUCAACAACUGUGUCGGCAGCAGAAACUACAGGUUGUUCCUCCACAGCGUUCUCUCGGCUCUGUUGGGCGUCUGUCUGAUUCUGGUCGUCUCCUCCUACGUCUUCAUCGAGUUCUUUCUGGAUCCGACCAAACUGCGCACUGACAAACACUUCCUGGUGAAGAACGAGACAGCUGUGUGGUUCGUCUUCCUGCCUGUGGCUCCAGUCAGAUCAGCAGCAGCAGUGAUUCCGUGUCUUGCUGCCGUCACCGUGUCUCUGGGCCUGUUGUCGUCUGUGCUGCUGAGUCACCUGCUCUGCUUCCACGUCUACCUGAUGUGGAACAGACUCAGUACCUACGAGUACAUUGUGCGCCAGCGUCAUCGUCAUGACAACAGAGACCUGAGGAAAUUAGGACCUGUGAAGGAGUCAACAGCUCCUUCAGUCGUCAAGGACCUGAACUACUCAGGGCCUCUUGGUUACACCAACCCUCAGCUGGACGUGGAGGAACCCAUCGCUGUGUCUGUACGGGGGGAGGCAGAGUUCCUGGCUAACGGCAGAGUGAGGAGUCUGUCCAGUCCUGUCAUGGAGGAAGAAGCUCCACCCACCAUCUCUACACAACUGAAAGCAGUAUCACAUACACACCGACGCACACAGAAAAAGAAGAAGAAAGUACAAAAAGUAGAGGAAACAAGAGAAGACUGUCUGAAUACAGCCCUGCCCCCAGAGCCCAGCAGUGCCUCCUCUGCGUCCCUGGGUCAGCGACUUCCCUUCCCUGCGUUCCCACUGAGGGCUUCCCUGCCCCCCCUGGCCCCCCUGGCCCCCCUGGCCCUCACCUCGGACCCCAUCCAGGCCGCCGCCCCUCCUGCCGAGUACCACUCGGACUCCGCGGAGUCCCUGGAGGAGAUCCCGGUGCCGUUGGCCAAACUGGGCUCCUCGUCCUCUGCCGGACCCGCCUCCACGUCCUCGCACAGAGGCUUCCCCCUGCCCUCGCCGCUGCCCAGGACUAAGAGGAAGGUCUCCUCCUUCCGUGCAAUCAAGAGCGUAGCGGAGCUGCGGUUUGAGAUGGCGUCCACGCAGCUGCCCACGGUGUUUGUCAGUCGGGCCAGCGGAGAUGCCGCCGAGUCCCUCGGUCUGGGCCGGAGGGCGACCGGCUCCAGGGCGUCGCCGGGCUCAGGUGCAGCCUCCUGGAUGGAGCGAUGACCCGAACAGACUGAGACAAUCUGAUCUCUUUAUCUUUCUACGAUGGUAAAUGGACUAAUGGACUUUAUUUAUAUUUAACUUUUCUAGUCUUAUCGCUCAAAGCGUCAAGUUCACACACGUCCACGCAGCGCUGCUGUUCACCGCGCUUUUAUCUGUCGUUCAGGCGUUAAGUGUCUUGCCCAAGGGGAAGCUGGGAUCUAACCGCCAACCGGGUUAGUGGACGACCAACUCUACCUCCCCUCCCGAUCACGUGCACUCUUCAGCCACGCACACGUCUUAAUUCACCUGAGUUUCAUUUUGAAGAGUCUUUGUAUCUCUCGACUAUUUAUUGAUGAUUUUGAUGAUGUUUUUUUAUUUUUUAUUUAUUCUGAUGCCAAACGUGAGAUUCUGUCUGUGCACAAUCUUUCAACACAAGCAGCUUCUGGUUCUACACCCGUGUUUUUGUGGAUGUUUGUUUGUCAUGUUGGGACCUCGUGGACGUUAUCACACACACUCCGAGACGCCGUCGCUCCGUCGUUGUUUCCCAGUGAACACGUUCCUUCGCCACGUCUCCCGGUAGCUAUAGCUUGACAUCACUUCCUGUUCUCACACGUCGUUAACACAUCCCGACCACCUCGUUCAGUCUGAUUUUCAAUACAUGAACUAAUAAUAAAAUUAAAAGAUUCAAUCAUUCA